GGAGCUGAAGUUUUGACCGACUGAACCAGAAACCUGCGUCUCUGCGCUCUGCGGCCCCAGAGCCUCCUUGUUUACAUACCGCGCUCCUGCAGAUGAAAGAGGAGCCGGCGCCUCCUUCCAUCUGGUUCAGACAUGUCGGCAAACCGGCCGUCCUCGCCGCAGGGUCCAAACACCAAAACAAAGCCUGCGCUUGGGUAACCGCUGCGUUUUAACCCUUUAAUGUCCGCCUUCCGCCGUGCAGGCUGCAGAGCUGAGGAUGCAAACGUAGCUGCAGCGGUUCGCCGUCCCCCUGCGGCUGCUCACACACUCAUGUGUUUCCUAUUGAGGCUGCAUGGAGCAGCAGCUGCAGCAAUCAGCAGCCAUGUGUGCCGCAGUCCUGCAGAAUAUUUUUAGUCUCACAAUGUUUAUUUUUAGGGCCAACAAAUUGGGAUCUGCAAAUAACACUUGUUGGAGCGGAAGGUGGGACAUUUAGACGGAUGGAGUAAAGCAGGAUCCUUUAAGCCUGGUUUUGGUUUUAAAGCUGGAUUUAGCUCUAAUUUAAUCGCGGCUGUUAAUCCAAACACAGGAAUGAUGCUUUUAAACAGACUAAGAACCAUAUAAAGUGUCAAAAUGCUAUUUUUUUCAUGCAAUAUCCUGACUCUGCUUCUGGGAAACAUUUAUUCCUUAAUAUUUAGAUCAUAUUAUGUUCUGUGGUCCUUAAAUCUGAUAAAACUUUCUUUCCACUGCGGCCGUCUGCCGUCACCGCUCCGACCUGCUGAUGGAAAACCAGCGUUCCCAGGCCCAAUCUGAAAGGCCUGUGGUCACGCUCACUACCAUGGCAACAUGCCGGCGCUCCGGUUGCUCUUUUAGACCAGUUUAUGUCGACUAACUUUUCAUUUUAAAGCAAAUCAAGUCCAUUUAGGAGAAGGAGAUGCUUCCUGCUGCGCUGAUCACAAUAAUAUGCAAAGAUUAGACACUAGGAAAUGAAAGUGAUUGUUUUGGGUCUGGUUGUGUCUAUCAUUAGGGAACAAUUGAAAGGUUUUUAUGAGGAAAUCCAUCACAUUUCUGUUAAGAGUGAAUAUUUUGGUGCUUUCCUGGUCUUGAAGUCAGUAGCUGAGCUCCGCCUGCCCACCAUCCGUGUUUCAGUGGCUUUUGUGUGUAAAUGCUCGUGCAGGUGUGCUUGUGUUUCAUAAGUCAAAGAGUCGUAGUCCUCCUAACCGGCGAGGAGAAAGCAGAAAUGAGGCCAGGACGGCGUUGAGGCGCAACGCAGCUUCCUGACUCUAGCAGCCGUUAUGAAAGCCGGCCCGAACGGCUCCAGCUGGAGCAGCGAGCGGGAGCGGCUGUUUGGAGGGAACGUCCAGAGCGCCGCGCCGCCGUCGCUCUCCGCCUCCUUCUCCACGGUGACCACCUCCAUCGACGGAGUCAGCUUCUCUGAGGGAGACCUGCUGCUGCAGGCGCUGAACGGCUUCGUGUUGGUGGUGACGGCUGAAGGUUACGUCUUCUACACGUCGCCCACCAUCCAGGACUUCCUGGGCUUCCACCAGUCGGACGUCGUCCAUCAGAGCGUGUUUGAGCUGAUCCACGCAGACGACCGCGCGCUCUUCAGACGCCAGCUUCACUUCUCCUUCGACUCCGACACAGACGGAUCCGAGAGUCCCAGUGAGCAGAACAGCGCUGACAUCAGCACCAACGUGGUGGCCUACGACCUCCAGACCAUCCCUCCUGAGAACUCGUCCUUCCUGGAGAGAAACUUCUGCUGUCGUUUCCGCUGCCUGCUGGACAACUCGUCUGGCUUCCUGGCUCUGAACUUCCGCGGCCGGCUCAAGUUCCUCCACGGUCAGAACCGGGUGUCUGAGAACGGGUCGCUGGUUUCACCUCAGCUGGCUCUGUUCGCCAUCGCAACGCCGCUGCAGCAGCCGUCCAUCCUGGAGAUCCGCACUAAGACGCUCAUCUUCCAGACCAAACACAAGCUGGACUUCACGCCCAUCGGCAUCGAUGGCAGAGGGAAGAUCAUUCUGGGCUACAACGAGGUGGAGAUCAGCAUGAAGGGUUCAGGCUACAGCUUCAUCCACGCCGCCGACAUGAUGUACUGCGCCGACAAGCAUCUACGAAUGAUCAGAACCGGAGAAACUGGCUUCACCUUCUUCAGACUGCUGGCCAAAGAUCGGCGCUGGGUCUGGGUCCAGGCCAACGCCCGGCUGCUCUAUAAGGACGGGCGGCCAGAGUUCAUCGUGGCGCGGCAGCGAGCGUUGACGAACGAGGAGGGGGAGGAGCAGCUGCGCCUGCGCCAGCUGCAGCUGCCCUUCAACUUCGCCACCGGCGAGGCGCAGCUGUACGAUCUGCCGCUGAGCCUGGAGAACCUGGACGUGCCGGACCUCUGCUCCGCGCCCAAACUCCGGAAGAUGGAGGGAGAACCCAGCAACUCCAACUCCCUGCUGGACUGCCUGCGGAGCCAGGGCCGCGCGGCCUACUGCAAGCACGAGAACCCCAACGGCAUCAGCUCGCUGAGCGACGUGGUGUUCCAGGACACGCACGCCACCGUCAGCAUCCCCCAGGAGCUGCAGGCGGAGCCGGCGGCCGGCGUGCCGCUGCUGCGCAUGGACCCCACCAUCCAGGACAUGGUGGAGACGCUGGAGCAGCUGUUCGGCGAAGCGGACCUGAUCGAGGCGGUGGACGUCGGGCCGGAGGAGCUGCAGAGCUGGGAGAACUCUCUGAUGAACUUCACCGCCGGCAACCAGGUGUUCCAGGACGACAUGAACGACCUGCUGAGCAGCGACAUCCUGACCUACGUGGCAGAGCAGCUGCAGAGCGAGGGCGGCCUGGACAAGAUCCAGAACCGCAACCCGGAGCUGGCCGGGCAGCAGGACUUCAGCUGGCCCGUCCAGAAUCAGAACCAGAUCCAGAACCAGAUCCAGAACCAGAUCCAGCCGCCGCUCUCUGGGUCAGCCAAGCUCAGCCACCUGGACUUCCCUCCCAUGACUUCUGCUGGGCUCAACGGCCUGCAGGUUCCGGUUCCGUCUUCCCUUCAGCUGGGCAGCUCCUCAAACAUGACCUUUAACCCUUCGUGUCAUCAGCACCAGGUUUUUAAAAGCAGCCCUACAGAGUUAACGGACCCGGACCAGAACCCAGUGUUUAUCUUUAAAGGCGCCCAGUGGGGCGAGUCCGGCCCAGCCCAGAACUUUGUAGAACCCUACGCCCCGAAUAUUUCAAGCGGCGCCAACAUUCAGCCGCCGCUGUCCGGGUUCCAGCCCAACCCCACCAUCCAGAACGCCUUCAGAACCCCCGAGCCCGGCCUGUUCCCCAACCAGCUGGACUGCAUGUUCAGAACCGCCGCCGCGCCGCUGCCCAACGGCGUCCUUCACGGCCAGGCCAGAACCGACCCGGACUUCUUCCACAUGCCGGCCAAGGCCACCUGCUGCUACCAGGCGCUGCCUGCGGGCGGCGCUGUGGCGGCGGCGCUGCCAUCGCAUAAGGAGGCGGCGCUGACCUACCAGGUCAAGUCCAACGGCCAGACGAUGCAGCAACACUUUCUACACUUCAGUGACAACACACAGAUGGACAACCGUCCCAUCGUUGGGAACGGAGGAUUCCCCUUCACCUUGCUGCCCAACGGGAAAACCUGCCUGACAGAGAACAAAUAGGACCGCCGAGACGCCUGGACUCCAACCCGGACUGAGACUCGGACUCAUCCGUGGAAAACCGUAAAGACUGGAACGACUAACGAGGGUUAGACUGAAGAACGGGCGAAGGACAAGUUCAGCUUUGGUUUGGUGGUGUUGGUUCGAGAAGACAAUCAGGACUGGGGAAAUAUCUCCUCUUUUAUAGGACCUAUUAAGCAAUUUGGAUGAUUUUAUUGUAAUACUUCCUCAUAUAGGAAUCAGGAGUUUUCAAAUUAACCAUAAAAAAGGAAGAAAAAUGUUUUGAGUCAUUUUUCCUUCACAUUUAACGGUGAGAAGCAGCAGAAAGUCGUGUGGAGUGUUCAUAAAGCAUUAAAAACAUUUAUUUAAAACACUUUUUAUCGCACACAGGCAGUUUGAGGAGGUUGGAAGUGAAUUUAAGUAAAACGGGACAGAAUGUGAGCUGUUCGGUUCACCACUAGGGGGCAGCAGUUACAAACCUGAGUGAUUCUUAAUCUAAACGACUUCAACGCCUAGAGGCCGGAGGUGGUAUUGCGCUCACACCCAUUUGUUGCUCAGUUUAUUCCCAUUUUUUAAAAAAAGAAAACGACGAGAACACUGAACCAGCCGCGAGUUUUUCCCGCUGUCGUGUUCAGCGCACAAAUGUUCCGCUCCGACCCGAACGCCGCGCCGGGUCGACGGUCGCUGUUUCGUUGUUUGGUUGCUGUUCUAAUCCGUCUCCAUUGAGUUCAUUUCAACUGUGCCGCAGCGGGGAAGGUUUGCUUUGCAAGCAGACAGGGUAUAACAUAAAACCAUGAACGUAAACGCACAGCAGAGUGACGUCAUCAUCCUACUACGAGCCUGGAAGUCGAGUCGAUUCAGUGAAAUCAGCUGCUUGUUUGUAUUUUUUAAAGCUUUGUCUCUGAGCCAGAUCUUUCUCUUCCUUUCAUUUUAGUUUAUUUUAUUUGUUUCUUCUGAUGUUUUGCUCUUUUCUUGUCAGGGGGUUAAAAUACAGACGGUGCCUUAAACUGAUGGAGCUUUAAAAAGAAAAAAAAAAGGGAAAAUAUUGUAAAAUUGACCAAAUUUACUUUAUUAGUUUAAAGCCAAACUUUGAGAUUUGUUUCACUUUAAGGUGUUUGAUUUGCCAAAACACAGAAACGCUUAGGAUUAGAUUCCUGGAGCCACUUUAUGAAACUAAACAGGCACAAAUUAAAACUUUAGCACUUAAUUUUUAAAGAGUAACUCUCGCUGCGCUGUUUGCACUAGAUUUAAAGAUAAAAGUUUAUUUUAGCAAGGCUCACAUCCUCCUCUGUGUCUCCACAACCUUAAACCCGUCCAGCAGCAAAACACAGAAGUAAGACAGUGUAAGGCAGCUAAUGUAUAUAUGAAAUAAGGAAAAUAAAUGGAAAAUCAUUCAUAGAUGCCUUUUAAUUGACCUAGUUUUAACAGUUCAGCCCAAACUGAGCCAACUUUAGUAGCGCUUCUUCCAGAAUAAGAAAAACGAAUCGUUUUCAUCAGAUUUUAGAGGAAACAGACUUGAAUGAAACCAAACUUUUGUAACCAAAGCCAUGUAAGAAGCUUUAGUCCUGAGGAUACCAAAGGGAAUGUAACGUAAUUAACAUUUUCCGUAACGUUCAUUUGUUUGUGGUUUAAACAUUUUUAACCACAAACACGCUCAGGUCUCACCGCGACGUUUAUCCGACCUGCUCCAGGUUUCCUGUUGGUUUAAAUGUUUUGCACAAGUCAGACAUGGAACUCUGGGAAAUGUAGUUGUCCUGCAUUCAGCAGAUUUUACUGGAGAGCUUCUGGAAAUGAAUGAAACUCCCUGAACGUUUCCUCAUGGAGCCGAACGUCGGUGACGUCUGGAGCUCAGAUUCAGUUAGAAAUCCAAACCCAGCAUGAAGCGCUUCAUCCUCAGUCAGUGCCUUUGUUUCAUAAAGUAUUCUAUGUAUAGAGAUAUAAAUAUAUAUUGUUACUCGCUCUUACACUAUGAAAAGUCUUUAAUAUUUGACCUAUAUGCUUCAAACCUAAGGAAGCCUCCAUUAUGCAGUAUCUAUCUGUGUUUGUACAUACAUUCAUAUGUGUAAUCUGUCUUAUCCUCCUGAGACCCAGCAAUACAUUUUUGUCCUCUGUGGAGGACAUAGGUUUUUUUGUUCAUAACUCUGAAACCAUACAUGCCACUGUGUUAAAUCCUGUUGGUCCUUAGAGAGGACAUCCUGGGCCUCGAAAUGUGUUCAUAUUUGCCACGAGAGAGUCCCGAUGUCCUCUCCAAAGGACAUACUGUAAAAAAUAAAUAAAAACAUGUUUUGAAACUUUUCAAUUGUAGUGAUGUUUUUUCACUCCAAAGAGUCAUGUAGUGGAAAAAACAAAAUUCAAAAACUUUUUUUUUUCUGGGUCUCAGGAGGAUAUAUCCUGUAUUGUAAUAAUUAUUGCCUUUAUUUGACCUUCUGUUAUUUUGAAUAUUUUCUGCACAGCUCAUAUGUAACCUCCUGCUCUCGUGUAUUUUUGUCUUUCUGCUUCGUUGUGUCUCAAUAUUUGACCUUUAAAUCUGUAUCUGAGUGUUUGAGUCAGACUGUAAAUCUCCGACAUAUUAAAGGUGAUCUGAUCACUGCA